AUGAGUGAUCCGAAAAUCCCGAAACUAUACCACAGAUCGACGCCGCAUUGGCAGCAGGAGCAGCGCAAGUCAUUCUGGCAGUUGAACGAGAACAAGACCUCGCCUUUCAAUACCAGACCAGACAAGCUCGAAGCCCAUGCCGAAGAAUCACUGUCCAUCAACGGCCGGCUGUACGCCCAGUCCAAUGCCGGCCAAAGCUGGACUCACCUGGCCAACCGACAAGCGUUCUACCGACACCGCUUGAUCCCACACCAGCUCGUUGACGUUAACGAGCGAGACACCACCACGACGCUGUUCGGCCACAAAGUCGCGGCCCCCUUCGGCUUUGCUCCCAUCGGCAUCAACAAGAUCUAUCAUCCGAAAGGCGAACUGCCCGUGGCCAAAGUCGCGGGAGAGCUCCGACUGCCGUAUGGCUUGAGCACGGCCGGGUCGAGCACGAUCGAAGACGUGGCGGCGGCCAACGAUGCAGGCAGACACUCCAAGGACGCCGUCCAGGUGGAGGGAGCGAACAACGACGAGCCCGUCCGCUUCUUCCAGCUGUACAUGCCUCACGAUGACGAGUUGACCGUCUCUCUACUCAAGAGAGCCGUGGCCUCCGGCUUCACGGCUUGUAUCCUGACUACAGAUACAUGGCAACUGGGCUGGCGGCACGACGACGUCGCCACGUCCAACUAUGCUUUCUACCGCGGCAUCGGCGCCGACAUGGGCCUUGCGGACCCCGUCUUCCAACAACGUCUGCGAGAAGCAGGCAUCGAUCCAAAGAAGCAACCUGAAGAGGCUGGUGCCAUGUGGAUCGACAACGUCUGGCACGGCCGUGCAUUCACCUGGGAAAAGAUCCCUUGGCUGAUCAAGACAUGGAAAGAUCUCAGCGGCGGCAAGCCCUUCUGCAUCAAAGGGAUCCAAUCCGUCGCAGACGCCCAACAAUGUGUCGACAUAGGCUGUGACGGCAUCGUCGUCUCCAACCACGCCGGCCGCCAAGUCGACGGGGCCAUCGCCAGCCUCGAUGCCCUCGAGAACAUCAUCAACGCCGGCAUCGGCGAGAAAAUCACCGUCAUGUUCGACUCGGGCGUCCGUGGCGCCGCGGACGUCAUCAAGGCCUUGUGCCUGGGCGCCAAAUUCGUCUGGGUGGGAAGAAUGUGGAUUUAUGGCUUGAGUAUCAUGGGCGAAGAAGGCGUCCGACACGUCAUGAAGAGCCUGCUUGCCGAGUUCGACAUUACCAUGCUCACCGCCGGAUUCCGCAACAUCGACGAAAUGAAGAAGGAUCGGCUCGAGAGCUAUCCGCGCAGCUACACCCUGAUCGCGGAGAAGGCGAAGCUCUGA